AUGACGGCGAACCACUCCCGUCAUUCCCAAAAUCGGUCCACAGCUUCUCUCUCCUCGACCGUCAAUGUGGUUGGUGUGCACUUUAGAGUGGGUCGCAAGAUUGGCGAGGGCAGCUUCGGAAUUAUCUAUGAAGGCACCAACCUCUUGAACAAUCAACAAGUUGCUAUCAAAUUCGAGCCUCGUAAAUCAGACGCACCACAGUUGCGAGAUGAAUACAGAACAUACAAGAUUUUAUCUGGGUUGACUGGUAUUCCUGCAGCCUAUUAUUUUGGUCAAGAAGGACUUCACAACAUCUUGGUGAUUGACAUGUUGGGCCCAAGUCUUGAAGAUCUAUUCGAUAUGUGCAGCCGUCGUUUCAGCAUAAAAACAGUGGCUAUGCUUGCCAAGCAGAUGAUCUCACGCGUCCAAAGUGUACAUGAACGUAAUCUGAUUUAUCGAGACAUCAAACCAGACAACUUUUUGAUCGGUCGUCCUGGAACAAAACAUGCCAACACUAUUUACAUGAUCGACUUUGGUAUGGCUAAGCAGUAUCGUGAUCCAAAAACCAAGCAACAUAUUCCCUAUCGUGAGCGAAAAAGUUUAUCGGGGACUGCACGUUACAUGAGUAUCAACACACAUCUUGGUCGAGAACAAUCACGACGAGAUGAUCUCGAGUCCCUGGGUCACGUGUUUAUGUACUUUUUGCGAGGUGCCCUUCCAUGGCAAGGCCUCAAAGCAGCUACAAACAAGCAAAAGUACGAGAAGAUUGGCGAGAAAAAGCAAACGACAGCCAUUAGGGAUUUAUGUGAUGGAUAUCCAGAGGAGUUUGGUAUUUAUUUGCAAUAUGCACGAAAGCUUGGAUUUGAAGAGACACCCGACUAUGAUUUCUUGCGCGAUCUUUUCGACAAGGUCUUGGAAAAGGCAAAUGAGACGGACGAUGGUAUAUACGAUUGGAUGAUGCUCAACAAUGGCAAAGGAUGGGAGACAAUGCAACGUCGAUCAUCAACGCAACGUGGACAUGGUGCAGUUGCAGCGCUGAAUGAUGCCACAGCAGGAAGAGGGAAUAGAAGACGUGAUACGGGUCAACGACAUUCGAGACAACGACUUAAUCACCACGGUACCAAUGCUUAUCGAUCCUCCCAACCCAUGAUGAGUAACCAACCUGUCACGUAUCAAAACAUUGAUACCAGUGCCCUACACCAUGGUGCUGCAGGGCAAGAUGCCGAAUCUCUUGGAAAAGGCGGCUUUUGGCGCAGCUUCUGUUCUAUCGUCACUUGCAAUAUUUGCACAUAA